UGACAAAUCACCAUGGCAACUGAGCUAACGUCUUUGCAUGUUUCGUUACCAAAGAUAAUGGAAUAAAAUAAUUUUCGACGAAACGUUAAACAGAUCAAUAAAGCCCGAGGUAAUUCAAGCUGAUCACGCGAUAUGUCCGAGACAAAGGUUAUUCAAAAGAAAACUAAAUCGAAUUUAUUAGGCACGUUACGAUCCAGUACCGAGCAUGGACAAUCUACUGGUUCGAACAGCAGUGUUGUAGAAGACACAGAAGGUGAUGUUGGUCAAAUAGGAAAACAUAUAUCAAAGGGAUCGGUAGCAAUAAACAGGGAUGAAUAUUUACAAUCACAUAGAGAAUUAACUCACGAUUACCAACAGCUCAAAAUGAAGAACAACCUGUUACAUCGGAGAUUUGCUGAUUACUAUAAAAAACGAAAACUUGAACAUGUUUUGAAACCGCUAGAAAAUUCCGCUGAUUUAGAAGAAAAAUAUCAACAAAAAUUAUUCACUUAUGCGGAUUUGAAAGAAAAAGAAGAGAAAGAAAUAAAUGAUAUAAAAUCCAAAAUACAAGCUGUAGAAAAUCAAUUCAAACAUAAUUUGGAAAACGCUGAACACAAGUGUGAUGAACUUAUACAAUUAGAAAGAAGCACCGGGACAGGAUUGAUUUAUUCAAAAACUGGAAAACCGAUGGGUGAAAAGACUAUCGAAAGAUUUCUCACGUUGCAAAGACACAAAGCUGAACAAGCUGCACAGUUAUGUUUACGAUUCAUCAGAGUAAGGAACGCCGUAGCUGAAUUGGAAGGUGUGAUACGAAAAUUAGAAACAUUAGGCCCGGGACUACAUGUCGCUCAUUUUGAACAAAUGUACAUCGACAAACAAAACUAUAUGAAUAAAAUUGAAGAACGUGAGGACGAAUUGAUUAAAAAUCGCACUAAGUGUACUGAACAUAAUCAGAUUUUGGCGCACAUCCGCGAGAAAAUGCAUCACACCGAUGAAGUUAUUGACUUUACAGAGGGUGAUCUCGGGGAUGCAGAUCUUGAAUUUUUGAAAGCUAGAGAAAGACUAGGCCAUGCAAAAGGGCAACGUGACAAACUGCGUUGGUCGCUUGAAUCGGAACGAAUGAAGGCAGGUCUGCUCACUAGAAGGGAUUUGUUGCGUGACUUCCAAGACGCUACUGACGAGGUUGUAAACUUGAAGGAGAGAAAAUGUCAACUUAUGAAUCAAAUAACAAAAAUAAGACAUAAAAUAAGAGAAUCUCGUCAUCAAUAUCAGUUUCAGCCAAUAGCGUCCGUGGAAUCAGAAAAUCUAUCUUAAUGAGUAUUUUUAAAUAUCGUUUAUUAUCUUUUACAAAUUUCUAACAAAUGUUAGCAUUAUAUUAAUUUAAUGUUUUUGUUAUUCGAUAGUUAUUUUGUUUAUGAUAUCAAAUAAAACGGUUUGGAAAUA